AUGUACCGUUUGUGUCGGCUCCACACCACGCUACCACACCCCGCUCCACACCACGCUACCACACCCCGCUCCACACCACCCCGCCCACGCUACCACACCCCGCUCCACACCACGCUACCACACCCCGCUCCACACCACGCUACCACCCCCCGCUCCACACCACGCUACCACACCCCGCUCCACACCACGCUACCACACCCAGCUCCACACCACGCUACCACACCCCGCUCCACACCACGCUACCACACCCCGCUCCACACCACGCUACCACACCCCGCGCUCCGCUACCCCGCUCCACACCACGCUACCACACCCAGCUCCACACCACGCUACCACACCCCGCUCCACACCACGCUACCACCCCCCGCUCCACACCACGCUACCACACCCCGCUCCACACCACGCUACCACACCCCGCUCCACACCACGCUACCACACCCCGCUCCACACAACGCUACCACACCCCGCUCCACACCACGCUACCACACCCCGCUCCACACCACGCUACCACACCCCGCUCCACACCACGCUACCACACCCCCCGCUCACCACUACCACAACCCGCUCCACACCACGCUACCACACCCCGCUCCACACCACGCUACCACACCCCGCUCCACACCACGCUACCACACCCCGCUCCACACCACGCUACCACACCCCGCUCCACACCACGCUACCACACCCCGCUCCACACCACGCUACCACACCCCGCACCACACCACGCUACCACACCCCGCUCCACACCACGCCACCACACCCCGCUCCACACCACGCUACCACACCCCGCUCCACACCACGCUACCACCGCUCAAAACCUUUUUUUGA